AUGGGAUCCACUUCAGAUAUGGUAACUACUGGGUGCCUUUUUUUGGAAGCCAUUCCGGUUCCUUCCACGAGUUCUUGCUGCACCCUGGUGAAAAUAUCACUCAAGUGUCUGGGAAAUUCGCUUCUUAUGUGA